AAAAAGAAAAAUCCUUUGAUAUGAAAUUAAUUUUAAUUAAUUUAAUUAAUUAAUCAUCAAUUUUUUUCUUUUGUAUGUUGUGUGUUUAACGUUGAAACCCCCAAUUUCAAUUUUACUCUUCAUGACGUAAAAAAACUGAACGGUGGUUUCUUCUUUGUCCUUCGGUACUUUGUAAACUGCGAAAUUCCCCGUCCACCCUUCUGAUUUAAUUAAAUUCCGUACCUGAAAUUUAAUUCAUUAAUUAGCUAGUUACAUAACAGCGUGCACAGUGCACACUACAUGGAAUGUUUUCAACAGUUGACGAUGUAAACUGACGCGGAAAAAUGUACGCUUUGGUACUUUAAACCUGUCUUCUUGUUCGAAAUUAAAAAUUACGUAUCGCUACACGUACUAAUUCUGGCGUGUAAUCAGCAUCAAUCCGAAUUGGCAGAUCAAUUUACCAUGUGUCUGUGUUGAGCAUCACGAAAGCGCGACGAAAAUGCAAAAUUCAUUAUGCAAAUGAGCAUCGGUACGGAAUUCGUGCUUUGAAUGAUUUUUAUGAAUUUCAAGAAUAAAAUUCUACAGAGUUUGUCAGGUAUGGAUUGUUCAGAUGCUUUGGCCAAGGUGCAAGCUAAAUUCACCAAUGGAGAAAGUGUAUUUGCCGUAUACGAUGCUGUGCUUAUCGAAGGAUGGGUUAAAACUUCCAGAAUAUUGGCUGUAGUGGAGUAUUGUACGAGUUAUGGGUUUUUCGUAUUCAACGUCAUCCGGCAGGGGAAUUUUAUUUCAGAAGUAAUCAUCGAUUACGCUUUUCCUGUCGAUACCGAGUUCAAAAUCGCUGGAGAUAUCGAGGAAAAUUGUGUUGAUAUAUCGAUGACGGUGACGUCCCGAAAGAAUAAACUGCUGUUUGAGAUGAUGUCCGGUGAUAAAACCAAACAUUUCAUUUCGGAGUUGCAUCGUAUCGCUGAAAGUGCGUCAUCUGAAGACUUGAGCUUUCAUUGGAUGCGUAAAUACAUGUCAGAUGCGAGAAAUUGUCUGGAUUCCGAAAAUAUACUAUCUAAUCAUGAUAUGAACGGUUUAAUCGAAGAGAAUCCGGUCGGAGCAGAUUUAUUUGUACCUAGAGACUCGAUAGCUCGUGGAACGACUCCUCUAGCUCGACGAGAAAGUGCUGUCCGCUUUCAAAUGGUUCUUAAAGAGAACGAUUAUACGUACACGCAGACUAUCAAAAUUUUUGUCGGAACGUGGAACGUGAAUGGUCAGAAUUCGAAUAGACAUUUGAGUGAUUGGCUGAGUAUUGAUCCGGAGCCUCCGGAUAUAUAUGCUAUUGGCUUUCAAGAGUUAGAUUUAAGUAAAGAAGCGUUCCUUUUUAAUGAUUCUCCCAGAGAGGAAGAAUGGCUAUCGGCUGUAUAUGUGAAUCUUCAUCCGAAAGAUAAAUACCAUAAAAUAGCUCUAGUUCGACUAGUUGGUAUCAUGUUGAUAGUAUUUGUAAAAGAGCAACACGUAGCUUACGUCAGAGAAGUAGCUACCGAUACCGUUGGCACCGGAAUUAUGGGAAAAUUGGGCAACAAAGGAGGUGUAGCUGUCCGAUUAGAUAUCCACAAUACGUCCAUUUGUUUCGUAAACGCUCAUUUGGCAGCUCACGUCGAAGAAUUCGAGCGACGAAAUCAAGAUUACCGAGACAUCUGUUCGAAAAUUUCAUUCCCAAAGUUUCUUCCACCUAAGACAAUCAAAGACCACGAUCAAAUCUACUGGUUUGGUGAUCUGAAUUACCGAAUCACUGAAAUGGACGUGCUCACGGUGAAAAAUCUUAUUGAAAAAAACGACUACGACUCGAUACUAGUUUACGACCAACUCAGGCAGAAUCACCGCAAAGGUCGUGUAUUUGAAAAAUACCUCGAGGGUAAAAUCAACUUCCGACCUACGUAUAAAUACGACACCGGAUCUGACGACUGGGAUUCCAGCGAAAAAAACAGAGCUCCUGCUUGGUGCGAUCGAAUUUUAUGGAAAGGUGACAAAAUACGUCAAACUGCGUAUCGCAGCCAUCCGUCGUUGAAAACCAGUGAUCAUAAACCUGUCAGCGCCUUAUUUGACGCAGAUAUUCGGGUCAUCGACGUCACUAAAUACAGAAAAAUACACGAAGAGGUGAUGAAAAAAUUAGACAAACUGGAGAACGAAUUUCUACCUCAAGUAAUGGUCGAUACGACUGAAAUUAUUUUCGAUAAUAUAUAUUUCCUGGAAUCUCAAAGCAAAGAUCUUAUCAUCGCCAAUACCGGACAGGUCCCUGUACAAUUCGAAUUCAUCAAAAAACUAGACGAUUCUUCGUAUUGUAAAGAUUGGUUACACAUUGAACCAUACACAGGAUUCAUUAUGCCUGGAGAAAAAAAUGAUGUGAAAUUGGAAGUUUACGUCGAUAAACGUUCGGCUUACGAGUUGAAUUCCAGUAAAGAUAAAUUAUACGAUAUAUUGGUUCUGCAUUUGGAAGGUGGCAAAGAUAUUUUCAUCACGGUUACUGGUACUUACGUAUAUAGUUGUUUUGGAAUGUCGUUAGAUACACUUUCUCGCCUCAGAGUACCCAUUCGGGAUUUAACCAGGGAAGAACUGAUACGUUUGGAGAAAAAACUAGACGCUGAUCCGGAAGAUCCCUAUCAAGUUCCUAAAGAGAUCUGGUUUCUGGUCGAUCACUUGUACAGAAACGCUAUGAAGCAGCAGCACUUGUUUGAGCAGCCUGGACUCCAUUCCGAGUUGUUAUUAAUCAGAGAUUGGCUCGAUACCGGAGUUCCAGAACAUUUACCUGGCAGCGUUCAUUCGGUAGCCGAAGCUUUAUUAUUGAUAUUGGAUUCGACACCGGAGCCUAUUGUUCCGUAUAGUAUGCAUGUGGAUGCUUUGAACGCGUCGACGAGUUAUAUUCAAUGUAAACAGAUAAUCAUGAGUUUACCGAUACUCAAUCGAACCGUAUUCCUGUACUUAUGCGCCUUCCUGCAAGAAUUACUGUCGCAUUGUGCUGAUAAUAAUUUGGACGCGAAAACAAUAGCUACGCUUUUCGGAAGCAUAUUCAUCAGAGACAUGCCACAAACGAAGAAUCGUUCGCAGAACAUGGCUAAAUCUAAAAUCAAUCAACAGCAAAUCGACAGGAAGAAGGCGAACUUCGUUUAUCAUUUUCUAGUCAACGAUCAGAGCGAUCUGAUCGCAAAUCGUGGUUAAUUAAUAGUGAUUUUUAUAAGCUAAGUCUUUUGAAUAGAAUGGUAUUUUAUAUAAGAAUUACCCCUAAGUUUAAGCGCCUGUAGAAUCUCACCUGUUGAAAGUUUAUUAUUUUUUUUAAAUCACUGACGGAGGAAUUUACUACAAGUAUUUUUUUAGCCCUAUAGCCGAGCUUAUUAUGGAACGAGUUACGAUAAAAUAUGUUUCGUUCGACGGUAAAUUGCGAGAGCUUGCGGAUACAAUUCGACAAAAGCUUAUAAUAUUUUAUACGUAAUUAUGAUAAUUAAAAAAAAAACAGCCCACGAAAAUACUCAGCUUGAUACGUCGUUAGUUCUAGUCUUUUACGUAAGUAUAGGGAGGUGUUCAUUUGCGUAAUCAUGUUUUUUAAAAGAUAUAAAGCUGCGGUUAUAAAUUCGUCCAAAAUCCAGACUGAUUUUGGUGUUGUGAUAAGGACAAAGUGUUGUCUGAGUGAAACGUCCGUCGGAAACGCUUUUUAGAUGGGAUUUUUUUUUGUGAUAGCCAAGUUUUUAUUGAAUUUUUAGAUCAUCGUAGCUACCUUAUAUAGCUAGCUCAUCCCUUUUUUUGAAAAUAGAAUUUUUUUGUAAUUGUUUCACGCCUAAAUACAGGUCGCAUUAUUUUGAGAGGGUUUCUUUCAGUCGUGUUACGCAUUCGUAGUGUAGGUAUCGUAUCCCCAUUUAUAUUUUGUUAAAUUUUUUUCUAAUUAUAUCGCCGUAUUGUUUAAUUUUUAAUCAUUUUUCUUGUUGGUUGUAUUUUUUCCUUCCCCUUUCAUUUUGUAAUAUCGUGUAAGCGUGUAUUUUUAUUUUGAAAAUACAUUUUAGACUGUA